CCUUUCAAACCCCCUUGCUCAAUAUUGAGAUGCACAGAUCGGCAAGCUGGAGCCGGGCGGAUGAGUACUUCAUGCACCCAAACUCCUCUCCGUCAGCGGGGAAGGGACCGUCGGGGCUACGGGUGUCAGUGUCGUUUGAUCAAGGCGGUGAUCAGCUGCCGGUGUACGAUCCCAUAGCGGAGUUGGCCAAGAAGGAAAGGUCUCGUGUUAAGUUUGCUGAGAAUGCCGUGCAUGUCAUCCCCAUUGUGCUUCUUCUAUGCGCCUUUGUUCUUUGGUUCUUCUCAAAUCCAGAGAUAGACGUGAGGAUUAAAACGGAUCCAAUAGCAGCAAGAAUUGAAGGACUGACGUUAGAGGGGGAGAUUGAGAAUGAUAGUGACGGGACUCAAACAGGCGGUCUGCCCAUUCUGGACUUGGGACUGGACUUGGAUCAAACAACGACGACAAUAUCAACAACAACAAAGCAAAUCAAACAUAAAUUAAAGUGAAUUAGAUUUAGAUGAUCAUCGAUGCAUGUGUGAUGGCUUAAAUUUCUGUGGACGUUGGGAGAAUUAAAAUUAAUAAAUUAGGAAAUAAAAAAAAACUUGUGGUUUAUAUAUUUUCCUCCUAUA